GUACCGCUCCCUGAAAAAAAUCGACCUCUUUUUACCAAAAUUCUCCAUUCUUUCAAGAGAACCCACGAUAUUGAUGCUGAUACUGGAGAAGCUGAACUUAGUCCUGAAAUUGGAAAGUUUUCUCUACAGUGUAUAGCAAUUGGAGGGUGUAUAGGCACGGGGUUACUAGUCGCUUCUUCAAAGAGUUUGGUAUGUGGCCCGGGUCCAAUUCUCGUAGCCUAUAUCGUCGUUUCAAUUUUCAUUUAUUGUAUGUGUCAAGCACUUGGGGAGCUCACUGUUGCCAUGCCCAUCAAGGGAGGAUUCACCAUAUACUCUUCUACUUUCAUUGAUGAAAGCUGGGGAUUUGCAAUGGCUUGGAAUUAUUGCUUUCAGUGGAUGUGCUUGUUUCCCAUUGAAUUGGUAGCUUCCACGAUGACAUUUGCCCAUUGGCCAAAUGUAUUCAAGUACUACCCCAAUUGGGCCAUCAUUACCACACAAAUCUUGGUGAUAGCUGUGGUAAAUAUGUUGAGUGUCAAAUUCUAUGGAUAUGUUGAAGUAUUUUUCCUGAUUAUCAAGAUCACAGCCAUUGUACUGUUCAUUCUUGUUGAAUUACUGGUUGCAGUAGGUGUGUUUGGACCUCCGUUGGGUUUCACAUACUGGACUAACCCUGGCAUGGUUUCUUCCCAGGGUUGGAUUCAUGGUAUAAUCCAAUGUAUAAUUGCUGCUCUUUUUGGAUUUGCUGGUACUGAAUUAGUCAGUAUGCUGGCGGUGGAAUCCAAAGACCCACCAGAAAAGGCGAUCCCAUUAGCUAUCAAAAAUGUAUUCUGGAAGAUAUUUAUUCUAUACAUUUGCUCUAUGUUCAUAUUGACGCUUGUUGUUCCAUUCAAUCACCCUAAUCUUUACAGUUCUCAUGGGGGUACAAGUUCUUCACCAUUUGUUGUAGCAUUGGAAUACUUUCAUUCACCAGUACCAUCCAACAUCAUGAAUAUCAUCAUCAUCGUGGCCAUCCUCUCUGUUGCCAACAGUUCAAUUUAUGCCACUUCCAGAACAUUAAGUGCUCUUGCAGUUAACAAACAGGCCCCUUCAUUUUUGAAGUAUCUUGACAAGAAGAAACGACCCAUCUUUGCUAACAUGGUAGUCUUAGCAUUUGGGCUUACUUCCUAUAUUUCAAUCGCCUUCCCCGAUGGGGCGCAAACCAUCUUUCUGUGGCUAGUAUCGUUACUGGGAGUAUCAGUUCUUUUUUCAUACUUCACAAUAUGUGUAUGUCAUAUCCGAUUCAGGAGGGCAUUGAAAUACUAUAGAAUAGGGUUGGACCAAUUGCGGUUCAAGUCUACAAGUGGUAUUUUUGGUUCUAUAUACGGUGUUGCCUUUUGUAUUCUAGUGGGACUAUCGCAGUUGUAUAUUUGCUUUUGUCAAAGAACGAGCUUGGAAGAGAGAAUACAGUUUGGAGUUGCCUGGUUGGCCCUAUUGAUAUUGUAUGUUGGUCACAAGGUGUUUACUAUGGUGAGAAGUAAGAGUGUUGUUCCGAAGUUCUUGGUGAGAUAUGACGAUAUCGACAUGCUACAGGCAAGAUUC